AAAGGAAUGGCAAAUGCUGCUAAUGCUUUACUCGUCGGAGACUCAGCUGGCGGGCUGGCCACGAUCCUACACUGUGAUCGUUUCAGUUCUCUUCUCCCUACGGCUUGUCGAGUCAAAUGCAUUUCAGAUUUCGGCUUCUUCAUACAGGCGUAAUUAAGAUUCUAAUUAAGACUUUAUUACAAAAUUUGAAUUAAUUAAUUUUAUUUUAUGAACACUGAUAUUUAUUUUUUGUGUUGAAACUAUAGGGAAGAUCUCGCUGAAGACAAUGCCAGAGGAUAUUAUGCUAGCAUAGCAGCAUUUCAUGAAUUAGCCGAAUUUUUGCCGGAGUUAUGCACACAAAGAAUGGAUCCAGGCUUGUGCCUUUUUCCAGAAAAUGUGGUCGAUGAUAUCCUGACGCCGAUGUUCCUGUUAAAUUCUGAUUUUGAUAGAUAUCAAAUAUUUUAUCUUGUAAAUCCAAAUCCUCCUGAUGAGGCAGGCUGGAAAAAUUGCACGACCAAUUUCGACAGCCUUCGAAAUUGCACAGCCAACCAAAUACAGCUCAUAAUGGAUUUUCAGACCGUAUUUCUGAAAACAUUAGAGGGGUUGGAUGAUAAUCCGACAAGAGGAUUAUUCAUCAAUUCAUGCUACAUUCAUGACUUUAUUAACACCCAAUCUUAUUGGCAAGGAACACCUACUUUGCAAAAUAAGACAAUCCAACGAGCCUUGGGAGAUUGGUAUUUUGAAAGAAGCACUGUUCAACUUAUUGACACUCUAAAUCCAUAUCCUAUUAAUUGCAACAAAACACAAAUAACUUAAAGAAUGUACGCGACGAAUUGAUGUAUUUAUGAAUAUUUUUUU